AUGACUGUAGGUUCAUCUGGAAAUCAAAUUGUUCCGAAUGAGGAGGUUGUGGAUUUGCAACCAAUAUUGAAGGAUAUUCAUGCUGACUUUGAUCCUAUAGAUGCCGAGGAUUUUGACGUUGUAUCCUAUAUUAAUGAGUUGUUUCCUUCUGAGCAAUCAUUAUCUGCGAUUGAUGACAUAAUAACUAGUAUCAGUGAAAAAAUAGACAGUAUUGAUGAUCAAACUCGUCAAAUUAUUAGGGGACAGUGGAAACUCGAGGAGCAAGGUGAAAAAAAUGUUGCCGAGGCGUCGGAACUCAUACAGUCAUUGUUUUCCAAGAUUCGGGAAGUUCAAGAACGUGCAACGUCUUCUGAGCUUAUGGUUGCUGAAAUAACUAAAGAUAUUCAGCAGCUUGAUCUUGCGAAGAGGAAUCUUACUGUUUCCAUUACUACCCUUAAUAAUCUUGCCCUUAUUGUUGGCGAUGUGGACCAUCUAAAUGCAACUCUGUGCAUCAACACUCAUGCCCCAAUAAAAAAUGACUCGAAAAAUCCAUUCAGUGCGGACACUACUCCAAAAGUUUUGGAGUCUGCUCAAAUCGAGGAUCAUCUAGCACGUGCCCAACGUCUUAUGGAACCCAUGUUUGCUGCGUAUUCAACUGUACCUGCCAUUUUGGAAUUGAAUACUGAACUCAAAAAUGUCUGCUCAACCAUUAAUUCCCGACUCUCCAUUGAGAUGCGUGAGCUUCUUACGAGCCCUUCCGCUCGCAUAUUGACUGAGCAUGCACCCAAAAUCCUUGCUGGUUGUCGUCUGUUGGAUCUUUUACCAACGGACACUAUGAAAAUGGAAAUUCUCAACUGGUUUAUUACUCAACAGCUUACCGAGUAUCGUGAGCUGUACGAACCGUCACAGGCAAUUGCUUGGCUUGACAAAAUUGAUCAUCGAUAUGCUUGGUUGCGGACGAACGUGACCCCGUUGGAACGAAAAAUAAGGACCUUAUUUCCACAAGACUGGCUUGUUCUUGAAAGGUUGAUUAUUGAGUUCUGUCGUAUAACGCGGAAUGACCUAGAGGUUGUUAUGCAACGCAGACGCACGGAAAUAACUCAUAAUCUUCUAAUAUUUGCUAUGCAACGCACAAUUGCCUUUGAGAACAGUCUUUCGAAAGUAGCGACUGGUGCUACCUUGGUAGUUGAAAAGAAGAAAGUUAUGAAAGGAAAUAACGAGAAAAAAUUGGCUGAGGUGAAUGACGCCAAAACCAUGUCCAGUAAUCCGUUUGGCGAAGAGGAAGAAGCAGAAGGGGAAGGAAAGAGUAGUUCCCACGAUCAGGUUCAGCAGCAAAAUUUGUCGCCUUUUGAGGGGAUUAUUUCCAGUUGCUUCUUCCCAUACUUCGAUCUAUAUUUGAACAAUGUUGAACGGGCACUCAAUGAUCAGCUGACCACCCGACUAAUCGGUGACUAUAGAGUAAACAAGUCGAGUCUAAAAAGUCGAGCCUUUGGUGAUGCAUUCCGAGAGGGCAGUACCUCGGCAGUUCCCACCAGCGGUGAUCUGGCAGAGAAUACGCUUUACUCGGCCACUGACCUGUUUCUGCUCUACAAACAGCUUCUCAAGCAGACACUUCAGUUGACACGAGGCCAAGGUCUGUUGGGAUUGGUGGGAUUGCUUCGCAAAUACCUCAGCGAAUACACUGUGAAGGUGCUGUUACCCGGCAUACCUGGACUAACCACAGCAUCUUCCUCUGGUGGUCUUGCAAAACCUUUUAGUCUCAACAACUUCGCGUCAUUGGCUCUGAACCAGGAUGAGGGCUCGGCAAGCAAGAAGGAAGGCUUGGGUUUCUCAGCCAGCGGCCUUUCCAAUCAGUUGUUCUCGAAUCUCCUUCGCGACGAGCAGCCUUUGCGACUAUCUAACGAUGAGAUUAUUCGUGUGAGUGUGAUUCUCGUGACCGCUACGUACUGCAUGAAGACAGUAGAAGAAUUGGAGAGACGUCUAAAGGCAGAGAUUCGGCCACCGUCGCUGGCAGGAGAGAUAAGCUUUGCGGCAGAAGUCACCGCCCUCACUGAUUGUCGAUCUGCUUGCGUCCAUCGGCUUGUUGCUGAUUUGGAGGCCUCGGUGGUCCCCCAGCUGACGGCCAUGACGCGAAUGCCGUGGGGCAGUCUCGCCGCUGUUGGCGAUCAGUCUGCCUACGUCACCGCAAUCAUAAGCCACCUUAAGUCUCAAGUUCCCAUUAUCCGAGACACCCUCUUCUCUGUCAGGGCCCACUUCACCCAAAUUUGCAUCAAGUUUGCUGACUCGAUUAUCAGUCGCUUUGUGGCGUCCCUCUACCGGUGUAAACCCCUGAACACAUUUGGGGCAGAGCAACUUCUUUUGGACACUCAGUGCUUUAAAUCUGCCCUACUCCAGUUACCACUGUUUGGAACAAAGCUUUACUUAAAUGUGCGUCUUUCGGAAUGGGCUGUUCUCUUCCGUUAG